AUGGCCGAAAGACUGGUACCUGUCAUUUCCCUCAAAGACUUUGACACCAGAAAAGAGGAGAUCACUCGGCAGUUGGUCGACGCUGCAGAGACGGCUGGAUUCCUUACCCUCGUGGACCAUGGAAUCACGGUAGAUGAGAUUGAGCAGCAGUUCGCCAUCUCCAAGUCCUUUUUUGAUCUUCCACACGAGAUCAAGGGAAAGACUCCCCAUAGUAACAAGACCAACAACGGAUGGGAAUACAAGGCCCAACUACGUCCCAGCACGGGUCUGUAUGAUCAAAAGGAGUCACUAUGGCUCCAGCGCGGGUCGGAGUGGCCGAGUGAUGAAGAUGUGCCAGGGUUCAAGCAGGCUACCAGCGACUUUAUGGGGAAGUGCGCGACAAUCUCCGACCAACUGUUUUCUUGCUUCGCAGUUGCACUGGGGUUCCCCGAAGACUACUUUCGCGUUGCCAACGACGUGACCAAACCAGACUGUCUAACUCAGCUUCGUCUCAUCCACUACCCACCUUCGGAAAACGCAGCAGGCACCUGGCGCGCUGGAAGCCACACUGAUAUCGGCUGUCUCACCCUGCUGUUCCAGCGAGAUGGAGAAGAUGGCCUGGAGAUCUGUCCAGGCCGUGAGUCGCACACCAGCUUCGCGAUGGGCGACACUUUCACGCCUCUUCCCGCGAAGACAGGUCAGAUUGUAGUCAACAUUGGUGAUAUGCUUAUGGCAUGGUCGGAUGACCGCCUGAAAUCCACAUUCCAUCGAGUGCGAGCCAGCGACGUUGGCAAAUCCCCGUCGCGGUACUCAAUCGCUUAUUUCAAUCAAUCGAGACGGGACUUUGUUCUUCAGGGCCCCCUGAAGAAAUAG